GUUACCAAUCUAGAGUAAAAAAAACGGCUAACGGCAUCGUCUCGCAGAAUGUUUAUUUAUUAAUUAUCUUAAUUAUUAAGAAAGUGUCACAAGUGCUGUUUAAGUUAUUGAACAACAAAUUCGGCCUAAAUUAUUAUUAUAUGAAACAAAUAAAAUUUAAAUAAAUCGUGUAAUUAAUGCGGGAGAGUUUAAAUAUUAAGAAAUAUAUAUUUUUGGUGAACCUUGCUUUUAAAAAUUAAGUCUAGUAUACAAAUAAGUGUGGAUCUAAGUGAUUGUUGGUUGAUUUUUAAUUAUUUCCGAAACAAAGUAAAAAAAGUAGCACUUUUAAAAUAAAUAAAAAAACAAGUAAUCAAGUUGAGGGUACCGUAUAUUUGUAAUUACGGUAUUGAAUUAAAUGAAUCAACAAGGUUAGGUUGUCGAGUUGUCGAUGAUGGUGUGACUUGCGAUCCAGCUGAUUCGUUAUUUCGUUCGUCCGCGAGAAAGGAUUUUACCCCACCACAAAUUUUAAUGUGCUCUUUGCUCCAAAGUCGAUUCACAACACUUUGCCCGUGUUCAGAACGUGGUGAAAUUUAAUAUACUGCGAUUUUAAACAUAAUAAUAAGAAAAGAAUGGCGCCAACACUCAGUAAAUAUAUUGACAAAAGAACUGCUGCUGGUGCUUUAACAAUAUCAGCGUUGAUUUGGUUUUUAAAAACAAGAAACAAAAAACGCAUCGUUAAAUCAAAGAAUAACUGGCCUAGUAAUGAUAUUCAGUAUGUUAUCAAAGAGGAGAAGCCUAAGGGACCAAAAGCACACGUUAAUAAAGCUUUUUUUAAACAAUUACGUCAAUUACUUUCUAUUGGAAUACCUGGAGUUUUUUCUGUCGAGUCUGCUUAUAUUUUCCUUAUUGCCGCCUCUCUUGUUGCUAGAUCGAUAUGCGAUUUAUGGAUGAUUCAAACCGGAACCUUAAUAGAAACAUCUAUUGUCAACAUGAAUGCAGCUUUAUUCAAGAAGAGACUUUUAAAAUUUUUAGCUAUUCUACCAAUGGUUUCGGUGGUGAAUAAUGUUUUGAAAUACAGUAUAGGAGAGAUGAAAUUACGCUUGAGAACUAACAUCAGUCGUUACAUGAUAGAUCAGUAUCUUAAAGGAUUCACAUAUUAUAAAAUGAGCAAUUUGGACACGAGAAUUGCAAAUCCAGAUCAAUUAUUGACAACUGACGUUGAUAAAUUUUGCGAGAGUUGCACUGAUCUUUAUAGUAAUCUUGCGAAACCUAUGCUGGACAUUUUUAUUUAUGUUUAUAGAUUAACGUCAACACUAGGCGGGCAGACACCAUUAUUAAUGCUUACAUAUUUAGUACUUGCUGGAGGUGUUUUGACACAUUUACGAAAACCAAUUUCGCAAUUGACAGUCAGAGAACAACGACUUGAAGGUGAAUAUCGACACAUUCAUUCACGAUUGAUAACGAAUUCGGAAGAAGUUUCAUUCUAUCAGGGAAGUUCGCGGGAGAAACUUACUCUACUCGCUAGUUUUCAUAAACUGGUGACGCAUCUUCGAAAAUUCCUCGAAUUCAGGGUAGCAAUUGGUGUUGUUGAUAAUUUCAUUGGAAAAUAUGUGGCGUCAGUUGUUGGAUUUUAUGCCGUCAGUAUACCAUUUUUACAGAAAAAUCAUCCAAUUCUUUCUGGCACACCAGAUCAUCGAUUCAAGUAUUAUUAUACUUAUGGUCGUAUGUUAGUAAAAUUAGCUGAAGCAAUUGGCCGUUUAAUUUUGGCUGGACGUGAAUUAACGCGAUUGGCAGGAUUCACUGCUAGAGUGACGGAAAUUAAAAAUGUUCUUGGUGAUUUAAGUUUAGGUAAAUAUGAAAGAACAAUGGUCGCCGAUCUGUCAAAUUCAAUUGGUCGGCCGGGAGAUGGAAAGAUUCACGCCAAAGACAAUAUUAUACGAUUCGAUUGUGUACCACUCGUCACACCGAAUGGUGAUGUUCUCAUUAAGGAAUUAAGUUUCGAAGUUAAAUCUGGUAUGAAUGUUUUGGUUUGUGGACCAAAUGGCUGUGGAAAGAGUUCAUUGUUCCGUGUUUUAGGAGAACUCUGGCCAGUUUGGGGUGGAACUGUGACGAAACCGCCUCGGGGCAAAUUGUUCUACAUUCCACAGAGGCCGUACAUGACAUUGGGAACGUUGAGGGAUCAAGUUAUUUAUCCACACACACGAGCGGAAAUGAUGAGACGUGGCAAUGCAAAAGAUGAAGAUCUAAAGAAAUUUUUAGAUUUAGUUCAAUUGAGUCAUCUUUUUGAACGUGAGACACAAUCGAAUAGUCAAGGCCAAGGUUGGGACACUGUUGCCGAUUGGAUGGAUGUCUUAUCAGGAGGGGAAAAGCAACGAAUAGCUAUGGCGAGAUUAUUUUAUCAUAAACCACAAUUUGCAAUUCUGGAUGAGUGCACAAGUGCUGUGAGUGUUGACGUUGAGGAUUCCAUGUAUUCAUAUUGUAAACAAGAGAAUAUUACACUUUUUACCGUCUCUCAUCGAAGAUCACUUUGGAAACAUCAUGAGUACUACUUGAGGAUGGAUGGACGAGGUGAUUAUGAUUUUAAACCAAUUGAUUCUGAUACACAAGAAUUUGGUUCUUGAAUAUAUGCAUUCACCUUGCAUCAAGGCAAAGAAAUUAGAAAAAGAAACACUUGACGAAAAUUGUCGAGUUGAAAUUGUAUAGGGAAAAGCUCGAUCAAUUUGGUCGAGGCCAUUUAGAUAAAUGAGAUGAUCUCUUUUUAAGAUCGUAGUUUUAUAAACUAAGGGUUUUUUCUUCUAUUAAUUAAUUAAUUAAUUUAAUUUUGCAAAGAAUUUAAAAUUGAAAAAUAGUUUCAGUGUCUUAAUAUUUAAUUUGUUCUCUCACCAAAGUAGAUUUACACUUUGAAAGUGAAUUUUAUAUUAAAUUUAAUUUCACAUUACAGUAAUAAAAUUGUUUAUCAAUUAAUUAUUGUUCCAAAAAGAAUGUUUUUUUUGCACAUUUAAAUAAUUGAAUUAAGUAUUUUUCUAGUAGUAAUUUUAAUUUUAAAAAAACAGUCGUAAAAACAAAGGUUGAACAAAAUGUGCAUAAAAUUUUAUGUCAAAACAAUGAAUUUUACGCUAGAUAAAAGAUUUAUACCUAGUUUCUUUGUGUAUUAAAAGAGGAACGAUAAAUUUUAAUUGCGCACUUUUAUAGAUUUUUCAUCAAGAAAGUAAUUUAUAAGUAUACAAGGUAAUUUAAAUUCCAAAUAGAUGAUAUUUGUUUGCAUUAAAUGUUUUUUUAUUAAUAAUUACUGUAUUAGAUGUAAAUUUAAAAUUUAUUUCGAAAAAAUUAAUGGAAAUAGAGUUCUAUUUUAUAGAUAGUUGUUUAUAUUUUUAUUCGAAAUGAAUAGGGUAUUGAAAUAAGAUAAAAAAAUAAAUGGGAUAAAAAUUUAUCGUAAAAAAAUUAAAAUCUUGAAUUUCAAAUGUUUUAAAUUCAUUCUUUUACAGUAAUUUCAUAUUUAUAAUAUUGCAUCUUAUUGUUUGUCUAUCCCCAAGUAGCACGUAAUAUUAGGAAUAUUCCAGCAAUAUGCCACGACAUUGAGGCAAUAUUUGUAAUGUUAAGGCAAUGUUCUCAAUGUCGCUGUAAUAUUACGUGCUACUGGGGUCACUUUUUGUAUAAAAAAAAAUUUCAUUAAAUACGUAAAAAAAAUUGUAUGGGAUUGCUGGACAAUAAAACUUUUACUGUUAUAA